UUUAAAUGUUUUCCUAAAUGAUUGUAUCGACAGUAAAUUUUAAACUAUUAUUUUGAAAAAUGUGAAAAUUAAAACUGAUCUAGGUGAGAAAUAAAAUACUUAAAACCACGCGAUAAAAAAAUGAACGUUAAAGAGGAACCUUCUUCAGUAAGAACGUGUUUGAACCAUCAGCAUUGGAUUCUCAAUAAAAGAGCCAGGGUGAUGAUAGAAGUCAAAGUUCAAAACACAGUAGAAAACCAUCACAAUUGAGUUUUUCAGCUUCUUCUUUUCAACUUCAGAAGUUUAUGUCAGCUUCUUUCUUGAACAUUGACAUCAUACUUGGAUUGUCUGGAUUUAGCAAUGAUAACCGAUCAUAUACCUACUAUGAACUUUACUUCUGACACAAUGCCUGAAGUUAUAAACAAUGGUUUCUAUAAAAUUGAAAAUAAAAUAAGUCAUUACCUAAAUACUAACAAAGAGUUCACGAACCAGUUUGUAAUAAACUACUUGCAUUCAAAUACCGAGUUUGCAGAACAAUAUUUUAUAAAAUAUGCAUCCAUGGAUUUAAUUGAAAAAUGGUAUGAUGUACAAAUGACUGAUAAAAUAAAAGGCUCUCGAAGAAAGGUUUCCACAAACAGUAUUAACGAUUUUGAAGGUGAGGUGUUUCCAGUAAGCAAAGUAUCUUUAGAGAGUAAUCCUGAAUUGGAAAUCGAAAAUAACGGUUCUGAUUCAAACAAAUACCCAACAAGUAUUCUGCGUAGAAAAUCUGAACCAUAUCGACCAGACGUUAAAAUGGAAUAUUUAAAUCCGUCCUCAAAUGAGGAUGCGUUAAAUUCUAACUGCUUAUCUCCGAAGUUACGCGUACUUUCAAAUAAAAAGCAUCGAACCAAAUCCGACGACGAUAUUAUAUGCGAUAAUCAGUCAAAUAAAAAAUAUGAAUUUAUAAAGGACGAAGAAACAGACUCUCGAUGUAAAACACGAAAUUUAUUACGCUUUAUACAGUCGUCUGUUUACUCAGGGUCUGCGUCGGCAAGGCUAGUAAAUUUUGAAAAUCGCAUGCAAAAAAGGCAAAUAUGUGAACACGACGUUAUGUUCGAUGUACUUACAGAUAUAACGACAGAUUUAAGUUUAAAUAGAACAUGUCUAAAAAUCGUUUUAAACUUUGGAUUUUUAUUAAAUUUUGAUAAAGCAUCUUUAUAUUUAGUGGAAAAAAAUGAAAGUGGAAACUUUUUAAAACAAAAAAUUCAUAAUGUGAACAUUGAUGAACACGUUGGCUACGAAAGCUUUUCGUUUCCAGGGUUACUCGAAAUUCCUUUUGGAAAGGGACUGAUAGGACAAAUCGCAGUUCUCGGUGAAAGUUUUAUUUGUAAUGAUCUCAGCAAGUGCACUCAACUUGAUCAAUUAUAUGAUAAAUGGUAUGAUAAUCAAGUUAAAAAUGUGCUUAUCCAGCCAAUUAUUGAUAACAAAAAUGAGUUAACAGCAUUAAUUGUUGGAAUUAAUCAUAAAUCAGGAGGAUUCACAAAUGAUGACCAGCAGGCAGGAAUUGGAUUUUUAUCCUUUUGUGCUGUGUGCAUUAACAAUGCUAAAUUGUUUGAACUUUCUAAACAAGAAUUUGACCGUAACAAAUCAUUAUUGGAGUUAGCUCACUGCGUAUUCGAAGAACAGAUAUCUCUCACUGAUCUCAGUCAAAAGAUUCUUGACAAGGCUACUACAAUGUUCCAAUGUAAAAAGAGUUCACUGAUGUUAAUUGAAGAUCCUAAAGAAACAGAUGAGAUCUUCACACAGUUAUUCCAGCUGACAGCUACUGACAACAAAGAGGAAUAUCGAUAUUCAAAAUUUCAAAGAGAUAGCAUUGUAUUUUCUUCUUAUUUUGAUCCAUUCUUUGAUACUCUUGCCGAUUCUGUAGCUUUGAAAAAUCGAAAGAACAAAAGAAACAUUUUGGAGGCAACCCCAAUUAGUUCUGUGAAGCCAUUCACUUACCAAGACGGAGGAAAUAUAUGUAUACCAAUUAGGAAUAAUAUUGGUCAAAUUAUUGGAGUUGUAAAAUUAUGUGAAAGAAAAGUUAGUAAUUUUUUCACUGAAAAUGACAGAAAAUUAAUAGAGGGUUUUGCAAUAUUUUCUGGACUUGGCAUUAAUAACUGUAUCAUGUAUGAUAAAAUACUAAAAGGAAAAGCACAACAGACUGUGGCUAUUGAGGCUCUAUCAUAUCAUACUAAUGCAAGACAAGUUGAUGUUGAUAAGUUAAAAUUGUCAAUAAUUCCUCAAUGUCAAGCAUUAAAUUUAACAAGUCUGUCUUUUGAUGACUUCUCUUUAAUGGAACAUGAAAUGCUAACAGCUUCUAUUAGAAUGUUUAAAGAAUUUGGUUUUCUUAAAAAAUAUCAAAUCGAGUAUGAGGUAUUAUGUCGCUUUUUAAUUACAGUGAAGAACAAUUAUCGAAGAGUUAUUUAUCAUAAUUGGAGACAUGCGUUUAAUGUAACUCAGUCCAUGUUUGCUGCAUUAACAACCGGAAAAAUGAGCGAACAGUUUAGCUCAAAAGAAUGUCUUGCAUUGCUUGUUGGAUGUCUUUGUCAUGACCUUGAUCACAGAGGAACAAACAACGAAUUUCAAAUGAAAACGGAUUCUCCCCUUGUAAAGUUAUACAGCACAUCAACAUUAGAACAUCAUCAUUUUAAUCGUGCUGUCAUGAUCCUCAACAGUGAGGGUAACAAUAUAUUUUCAAGGAUUCCUUCAGAAGAGUAUAGAAAGCUGAUGAAGUUAAUUAAACAUGCUAUCCUUGCUACAGAUUUAUCUAACUAUAUAAGGCAGCGAGAUGCUUUUGAAGUGACUGUUAAAGGUGGCUUGUUUGAUACCAACAAGUAUGAACAUCGAUCAAUGUUGAGAAGUAUGCUAAUGACGGCUUGUGACUUGAAUGGUAUUACUAAACCAUGGGAAAUACAAAAAAGAGUUGUUCAUUUAGUUACAAGUGAAUUUUUUCACCAAGGUGACAUGGAGCGUGAUAAACUUCAUGUUGAGCCCAAAGAAAUGAUGGAUCGCAACCAUGUUUUGCAGUUACCCAAGUUACAAGCUCAGUUCUUUCAAACAAUGUGUAUACCUAUUUAUAAAGUGUUGUCCGAUUUCAAUCCUCUUCUGCUUCCGCUGCUUAAGGGUGCCGAGGAGAAUAAAGUAAAGUGGUCGGAUAUGAACAAAAAGCUUGAGCAAGGUGAAAUAAGCGCUGAUGCAGAACCUGUCUUACAUCCACUAAUACCAGAUCAAGAUGUAUUUUAAGUUACUAUUUAAUAAUGCUAUUAAGUAUGGAGUGUAUUUGGUUCGGUGGAAUGUAUUUGGCAGCCCGAAAAAUCAAAAUCGAUUGAGCUCUGAUGUGAAGGCAAUAUUUAAAAUGUUUUACAGAUAAAAGCAGACAAAACAUUAAACGUUUUAGUUUAAAUGAUGGUGUAAAUAAAAUGUUUUUGAUAAUAAUAAUCAAUAAGGAUUAAUUUCCUUGUUUAAAAGCAUCUUAAA